UUACGGUCAGCUCUAAGAUCAAGGGCUCAAAGACGCACAGUUAUCCUCAACCUGAGGGCACAUUAGGGGACUGUAUGUGUAAAUUCGGCAAAGAUUUGGGCGAAGACUCAUCCUUUGCCCUAAGCCUGAAUGAAAUGGGAGAAGCCUUACGAGAAAUGGCGGAAAUAAAGUAUGCACUCGAAGACAACGUGAAACAAAACUUUUUGGAACCGUUGACUCACAUGCAGUCCAAGGACUUGAAGGAUGUGAUGCAUCACCGGAAGAAACUGGAGGGCAGACGACUGGACUACGACUGCAAGAAGCGCAGGAAAGUGAAGGGAACGCAUAUCACAGACGAUGAGAUCAAAUUGGCUGAAGACAAGUUCGAGGAGUCGUUCAAUUUGGCGUCAAUGGGAAUGCAUAACCUCUUGCAGAACGAUGUCGAACAGGUCUCGCAAAUCGCAGCUCUUUCUGAAGCCCUCUAUGAAUACCACACUCAGUGCGCCAACAUCUUAGAGAGUCUUACAUCCAGAUUAAUGGAACAGAAGAACGAAUCGGCCAAUAAGAAUCCGGAACCAUAUGUACCGAAGAAGUUGCAUGAAUUGAAUCUAAGCGAAGGCUUAGGUCACGACGAUAUCUCUCCUGGAGCU